CUGAAAAGGGUUUGCGUGAUGUGUUUGAGAACUACUACAGAAAGCAGAGGAGGAAACAGGCUCGCCUGGUGCUGCAGCCUCACUCUAACAUGCAUGAAACUCUGGAGGGAUACAGGCGGUACUUCAAUCAGAUUGUCGGCUUCUUCGUGGUGGAGGAUCACGUCCUUCACACCACGCAGGGUUUGGUCAACAGAGCGUACGUGGAGGAGCUUUGGGAGCUGGCGCUGUCUAAAAUCAUCGCUGCCCUGAGGACCCACUCCUCGUACUGUGACAACCCAGACCUGGUCCUGGAUCUGAAGAACCUCAUCGUCCUUUUUGCUGACACACUGCAGGGUUACGGCUUCCCGGUGUCCCAGCUGUUUGACAUGCUGCUGGAGAUGAGGGAGCAGUACGGAGAAAUCCUGCUCAAGAGAUGGAACAUCACCUUCAGGCAGGUGUUGGACCAGGACAACUACAGUCCCAUCCCGGUCUCCACAGAGCAGGAGUACAAACUCUACACCUCCCAGUUCCCCCUGCAGGACCCCGAACUGGACAAGCUUCCAUUCCCUAAGAAGCUCCCCUUCUCCGAGUUUGUGCCAAAAGUCUACUGCCAGCUCAAAGAGUUCAUCUACGCCUGUCUGAAGUACUCUGAAGACCUGCACCUCAGUUCCACGGAGGUAGACGAUAUGAUCCGCAAGUCGACCAAUCUGCUGUUGACCAGAACCCUCAGCCACUGUCUGCAGUACGCCAUUAAAAAGAAGAAUGUCGGGCUGGCAGAGUUGGUGCAGGUGAUCAUAAACACCACCCACCUGGAGCAGAGCUGCCACUUCCUGGAGGAGUUCAUAUCAAACAUCACAAACGUCCCGCCGGACACGGCCAACGCCACCAAGCUGUACGGGACCUCCACCUUCAAGGACGCGCGCCACGCGGCCGAGGCGGAGAUCUACACCAACCUGAACGCCAAGAUCGACCAGUUCCUGCAGCUGGCUGACUAUGAUUGGAUGGCGGCGGUGCAGGGGGGCGGGACUCUGGACGCCAGCGACUACCUGAUCGACCUGAUCGCCUUCCUGAAGAGCACCUUCAGUGUGUUCACCAACCUGCCUGUAG